AUGGCCCAGCAAUUCAACAUGAUGCCCAAUAACUUUCCCAAUGGGCUCACGCCCCAGCAGCAGGGGCUCCUCGACUCUCAGCAGUUCAACGCGCAGGGCCUGCAGCCGCAAGGCCCCCAACCCACCCCCGACCAAGCCCGACUGUGGCUGCAGCGACAGGCUCAGCAGGGACAGCAGCAGCAGAUGCGCCCGCAACAGAUGCUCGGCGGCGCGCACUCGAUGAACGGGAUGAACGGUGUGCAGGCUCCCAACAUAAUGAAUAACCAGCAGAUGAUGGAGAUGCUCCGCAACCAGAAUAUACGCAUGCAGGGCAUUCAGCAGCCCCACGCGGCUGGCCAGAAGCCGAUGUCAGUGCCUUUCCCCUCGCAGGCGAACCAGUUCCGCCCCGAUGGGCAGCAAGGCCCAUCGCCCGGCUUCAAUGGCCAGGGCCUCCCUCUCAACAGUAAUCUGGCGGCCCUCGCUCAACGUGAUCCUGCGGCGAUGCGCGCCUUAUGGCGCCCGCAGAACGAUCCUAACGCGCUCAUCCGUCAAAUGCAGCAACAGCAACAGCAGCAAAAUAUGGCGCGGCAACAACAGCUACAGCAAUUUCAGCAGCAGCAGCAGCGGCAGCAGCAGCAGCAGCAACAACAACAACAGCAGCAACAGCAAGCAACAGCAACAGCAGCCGCCACACCAGCAAUCCACGCAGCCCCGCAGAUCUCGCAGUCGUUCCCGCAGAACAUGAUGCAGCAAACUGGGAUGGGCCAACAGAACGGCAUGCACAACGGUCUGCAGGCGUCUCCUGGCGCGCAAUCGCCGCACAUGGUGAUGAACCAGGGGAUGAAUCAAUCCUCGCCGCAGAUGCAACUGCAGGCUCAGCUCAAACCCGGGAUGCAGCUUCAGGCCUUGAAGACCAGAGUUCUGGAGAGCAUUGCGCAGCGUAAAGCGAUCAUCGCCCGAGAUUUACGCGAGAUGCAGAGCCGUCUCGCAGGGGAGGCUACGGGUGAUAUCCAGCACCAGCAGAACCGGGAGAAACUACUGGAGGAUUUUAAGACGAAGAUGGUCCUCUUCAAGAGCCAAGACGUCGAUUACAACCGUGUCACGCAAAUGUCGGAUCAAGAUUUUGGUGUGUGGAUCACAGACAAGCGUAACGCUGGUCGUAGACCCGACGCGAUGCAGCACUCGACGCCGUUCCAGCAGAUCGGACCUCAGCGAACUGGCCUUCGCCCCAGCCUCCUGCACCCAUGCACUCCCCAGAUGCGACCUCAGAUGCCCCCGAGUCCGGCGAACCAACCGCCUCGUACAGGCCCCACGCCCUUCCAGAUGCCUUCGGGCUCGCAGAACCUACCUCAGGCGUCACCGAACAUGCUGUCCGCUCAGUCACCGAUGCAGCUGCCUGCCGGCGUCCGACCUAAGGCGAGGCCGUUCGCUUUCCCGACUAUGACCCCGGAGGUGUUCAGCAAGGCCUUUCCUACAUUCUGUCUUCGGAAUGGUAUCGCCGUAGAUCAGAACAUACUGCAGUUCGAGGGCAGGCCGAUCGACCUGCACGCUCUGCAUACGGAAGUUCUCGGCAAUGGCGGUUCAGGGAGGGUCUCGCAGUACGAUUUAUGGCCCGUGAUCGGCGCGAAGCUCGGCUUUGUGCAGUUUCCUGGUAGCGACACAGACCGGCUAAGUCGGGGCCUGUUCGACAACAUGUUCGUUUCGUCGGUGAUGAAGGUCAAGAGGCCUGUGAAUGUGGGCAACGGAGCCGGGCGGCGGGGCUUCUGGUUCGGGCAUACGUCUGUGCCGACGACGAACGCCAUGCCUAACAAUAUGCCCGGUAACAAUGUUAUGGGCGCGCCCAACCUCACCAUUCCUCCCGGAACGGACCCGAAGUUGAUCAACGAGCUCAUGACGUACGCGCGUCGUCCAGCAGAAGAGCUUCGUAGGCAGGGAGUCCCGGAACACGUCAUAAACAUCGUCGAGCAGAAUCGGCCCAUUUUGGAGGCUAGUCUGCGCUCCCAGCAAGACUUCCACGGUCGUCUCGCGAAGCAGGCUCAGGCCAACGGCGGCAUGGGGAUGCAGCCUAACAUGGCGCCCGGGUUCCCGAAGACGCCCCAGAUGCCCCAAGGCGUGCCGUCUUCCUCGACGAGUCCAGCGCAGCAGCAGAUGCAGGUUCAGCAGCCUCCGCAAACGAACCGGCCGCAGAAUGGUACCGCGCCUGCAGAGGGCCCGCCAAUGCCCCCGCAGGUACCGAAGCCUUUUGUUGACGUAGCCAAUGGGAAGUGGCCGAAUCCGGAGGAGCUUGCGCAAGCGAACACAUGGCUGGAGGCGACCAGAGAUUACUUCCUGCGUACUCGAGGUAAACGAGCCAUGCCUUUCAUCGCCAUCCCCGACUCUGAGAAGCAGGAAUGGCACAUCGUCUUCAGAGAGCUCUUGGGUUAUCUCAACAAUCUCUCGAACAAGCUGCCCGUGCUCAUAUGUGGAGUCAGCAUGGACGCUUCGCGGAAUAUGACGAACUCACUAUUGACGUGUCUGCAGCAAAGGUCGUUCUUGGAGUCGAAAGAGAACAACGGCGACUGCUACAUGCUGACCUUGGCACACGUCCGUUCCAUGCGUGAGUCAUGGCACGGUUGGACAACAGUUAUCGGAGCACCUCAGCCCGUCAAUCUCGUUGCGAAUGGCGUUCCGCGCACUCCUCAGGUCAAGCAAGCUCCACCCGCUCAGCCAGGUAAUCAUGCUCCACAGCACACGUUCAACACGCCUCAGAUCAUCCCCCCGCAACUCCCGCCGAAGCGGACAAAUCAGCUGUCCGCUCAAUCACCCGCUGCAGGACCUUCCACUCCCGCCUCCGCCGCAACACCCGCGAACCCACCUACGCCCGUCCACGUUGCGAGUUCACCGCAGACACCAAAGUCGCCUAGCCGCCCUCCGAAGAAGACCAAAGCCAGCACCAAGCGUUCGAAGCCUACGCCGAAACCACAGGUGCCAGCGCCCACGCCCACGUCCGGUGAGGCGUCUACAUCAACCGCUACUCCACCAUCUACAUCAGCCGCUGGGCCAGUCGUCGUACCAGUUCCUUCACCCUCCCCGCAGAAACCGCCAACACCAGCGCCUGCUACAGCGACAUCAGCCGUGACAGGUUCAAAGCGACAUAGAGAGGACGAGACGUCCGCUGGUACCGAACAGCUAGGCGGUCAGUCCCCGCCAAAGAAGCCUAAGACGGAGUGGGAAGGUGCCCCGAGCGAGGAGCUGAUCAAGAAGCAAGAGGAUAUCGACUCCAUCCGGACGGACGAGGAUGCUGCCAAGUUCUUUGAGCAGAUGACGGAGAUGCUGAAGAUGUACACGGCCAACGGAGACGGUCAGGACGUGCUAAUCUCAGCCGAGAUCUCGGACGAGCUGGAGAAGAUCCUGAAGGGAUAUCCUGGCCUCGCGGAUGAUCCCGACGGCUCAGCAUCUGUCUUAGGUGGUUCCGCGGAGUCGGGCGAGCUUGCGCAUCCGAUGCAGUUGAAGGAUGAGUCCGAGCAGUUCUUCGACUGGGCGUCGUUCAUGAGAGAGGACGAUUCUCUCUCCAAGGCGGCAACACCAGAUCUGGUGCACCCGGCCUCGACGAACGCUAGUCCGGGAUCUGGCUCGGAUAACGAGAGUGCUGGUCAUAUGAUGGUUCGUCUGGCGCAGACACCGUGA